ACCUCAGACUUCUUUGAUACUGUGUAUCUUUGCUGAGCAGGAAUCUCUUAUGUUAUUGUAAAAAGUCCUUGAAGCGCAUUCAACAGCGUUUAUUUAACAGAGGCAGAUGUACAAAAGGACUUCAACGAUUCAAAGAAAAGUGUGAGCUAGGACAGAGACGCAGAUGAAAUGCAUUGGAUACAUUCAGUCUGUGUUUGAAACUGACCACACAGAAAUACACCUGCCAACAUUUCUAGUCAGUCGCUUUCUAGAGAUGCGACCUGAAGAAUGAAGAACUGAAGAAUGAAGAAGAAUAAAAGUGAAGACUCUCCAAGGGACUGUGUAGAUAAAACCACAAAAUCAUACAAAACUGAUGAAGGUAUCAACUGUACUGUGCUGUGUUUAAUUUUAAUUGCAAAAUAUUAAAUGUUUCACUAUGUGCAAAUAAUUUCUUCUAUAUUCUUACAAUGCAGAUGCUGAACUCAAGUGAGUAUUUUGUUUUUAUUUAUUGAAUUCUUUUAAUAUUUUGGAUACAUGAUAUUGCACAAAUAUAACACAAAGUGACACAUGUUUAAAACAUGAGGGCAAACAUUGAAUUUGACAUCUGAGAAAUAAAAGUUGCACCAAAGUUCCAACCUGAAUCUAAUGAUUCACGAACCUGCCCCAAAGUUUUGAUCUGAAUCAAAUGAUUUGCGAACAUGCACCAAAGAUCUGAUCUGAAUCAAAUGAUUCGGGAACCUGCACCAAAGUUCCAAUCUGAAUCAAAUGAUUCGCGAACCUGCAACAAAGUUCCGAUCUGAAUCAAAUGAUUCGCGAACCUGCACCAAAGUUCCAAUCUGAAUCAAAUGAUUCGCUAACCUGCACCAAAGUUCCAAUUUGAAUCAAAUUAUUCACAAUCCUGCACCAUAGUUCCGUUCGGAAUUUAAUGAUUCGCGAACCUGCAUCAAAGUUCCAAUCUGAAUCAAAUGAUUUGCGAACCUGCACCAAAGUUCCAGUUUGAAUCAAUUGAUUUGCGAACCUGCACCAAAGUUCCGAUCUGAAUCAAGUGAUUUGCAAACCUUCACCAAAGUUCCAGUCUGAAUCAAAUGAUCCGAUCUGCAAAUGAAUUUUAAGCUGCAGUAAAGUCUGCAAUAAAAUCUAAAUUCUGUCUGUGUUUGAAGGAAUGGCAGUGACAAAAUAAAAAAAGAGAAAGCGCUGACCAUCGGAUUCUUUCAGCUGUUCCGCUUUGCCACGUGGAAGGAGGUGCUGAUGAUGGUGGUGGGAAGCGUGUGCUCUCUGGUCCAUGGCGCCGCAUCUCCUCUCAUGCUGCUGGUGUAUGGCAUGAUGACCAACACCUUCGUGGACUAUGAGCUUGAGGUUCAGGAACUGGCUAACCCUAACAAAACCUGCAUUAAUAACACCAUCACCUGGCUGGGUGGGACUGUAGUUGAGGGGCCAGACAACAGCUCCACGUACUGUGGUGUGGAUAUAGAGGCUGAAAUGACAAAGUUUGCAGUAUACUAUGCUGUAAUUGGAGUUGGAGUCCUUAUUCUGAGUUACUUUCAGAUCGCUCUCUGGGUUUCUGCUGCCGCCAGACAGAUACAACGCAUCCGGAAAAUGUACUUCAGGAAGAUAAUGUGCACGGAGAUCGGCUGGUUUGACUGCAACUCCAUCGGAGAGCUGAACACAAGGAUAUCUGAUGACAUCAACAAAAUCAACAAUGCUAUAGCAGACCAGGUAUCUAUCUUCAUCGAGAGGAUCUCAACGUUCAUAUUUGGCUUCACGGUGGGAUUCAUCGGCGGAUGGAAGCUGACGCUGGUGGUGAUAGCAGUCAGUCCUCUCAUUGGACUGGCUGCAGGACUCAUGGCGAUGGCUGUAGCAAGGCUUACAGGUCGUGAGUUGACGGCCUAUGCUAAAGCAGGAGCAGUGGCUGAUGAAGUCCUUUCCUCCAUGAGAAUGGUUGCCGCUUUUGGAGGAGAGCACAAGGAGACAGAGAGGUAUGACAGGAACCUCGUGGAGGCCCAGGCAUGGGGUAUUAAGAAGGGAGCGAUCGUUGGUGUGUUUCAGGGUUACCUUUGGUGCAUCAUAUUCUUGUGUUAUGCACUGGCUUUCUGGUAUGGCUCAAAACUGGUCAUUGAAACCAAGGAGCUCACACCCGGCGACCUUGUUCAGGUAUUCUUUGGUGUUCUUAUGGGUGCCGUGAAUCUGGGCCAGGCCUCUCCUUGUCUUGAGGCCUUUGCUUCUGGUCAGGCCGCAGCCAAAAGUAUAUUUGACACUAUUGACAGGGAACCAGAAAUCGAUUGCUUCUCAGAAGAAGGUCAUGCGUUAGACAAAGUUAAAGGUGACAUUGAAUUCCACAGAGUUCACUUCCACUAUCCCUCCCGCCCGGAAGUGAAAAUAUUAGAUGAUUUGAAUGUUGUGGUCAAAGCUGGUGAGAACACUGCAUUUGUUGGACCAAGUGGAUCAGGAAAGAGCACAACAAUUCAACUCAUUCAGAGGUUCUAUGACCCCAAAGAAGGAAUGGUCACGCUGGAUGGUCAUGACAUCAGAAGCCUAAAUAUCCAGUGGUUACGUUCUCUCAUUGGUGUAGUGGAGCAAGAGCCUGUUCUGUUCGCCACCACGAUCGUGGAGAACAUCCGAUACGGCUGUCCUGGAGUCACCAUGGAGGAGAUUAUAGAAGCCACCAAACAAGCCAAUGCUUACAACUUCAUCUUGGAUCUUCCUCAGAAAUUUGACACAUUGGUGGGUGAAGGUGGGGGUCAGAUGAGUGGAGGGCAGAAACAGAGGAUCGCCAUUGCUCGAGCGCUGGUCAGGAAUCCCAGAAUCCUCCUGUUAGACAUGGCCACGUCAGCGCUGGAUAACGAGAGUGAGGCUCUAGUACAGGAGGCCUUGGAUAAGGCUCGAGAGGGAAGAACGACUAUCAGCAUCGCACACCGUCUGUCCACCAUCCGCAACGCCGAUGUGAUCGUGGGCUUUAAGCAUGGAUGUGCUGUAGAGAGAGGCACACACAGCCAGUUACUGGACAGAAAGGGAGUUUACUUCACACUAGUAACCCUGCAGAAUCAAGGAAAUGAUACAGAGAGCGAUAAACCAGAGUACACUGCUGAGAUGACCAUUACAGAGGAGGAGGGACUUGAGAAAGUAAGGAGCUUCAGCAGAGGAAGUUAUGAGAGUACCGUAAGGCGAUCUUUGAGACAGCAAUCACAUUCUCGAAUGUCAAACAGCAUUCCUGAUGCCAUAUCUGGAAAAUUCAAAAUCCACUCGGACCUUUUAGAAACUGAGGAAGCUGAAGCAAACAACAAGAAAAGCAAAGGUAAAGAUGAAGAAAUCAUUGAACCGGCUCCUGUGGCACGAAUCCUGAAGUAUAACCGUCCCGAGUGGCCAUAUAUGCUGCUGGGCUCUUUAGGUGCUGCCAUCAAUGGAUCGGUCAAUCCCAUCUAUGCUCUUUUAUUCAGUGAAAUCCUUGGGACAUUCUCCAUUCAAGACCUGGAUAAACAGAGGAGGCAGAUAAACGGGAUUUGUAUUUUGUUUGUCAGCAUAGGAGUCCUGAGCUUCUUUUCACAGUUCUUACAGGGCUACUCUUUUGCCAAAUCAGGAGAGCUGUUGACUCGCAGGCUGAGAAAGGUUGCAUUUCAGGCAAUGUUGAAGCAAGAGAUGGGCUGGUUUGACAGCCCCAUUAACAGUCCUGGCGCUCUGACUACCAGACUAGCCACUGACGCCUCCAUGGUGCAGGGGGCUACAGGCUCACAGAUCGGCAUGAUUGUGAAUUCACUGACCAACAUCGGUGCUUCUUUCAUUAUUGCAUAUUACUUCAGCUGGAAACUGAGUCUAGUGGUCACCUGCUUCCUUCCUCUCAUUGGCCUCUCUGGAGUCUUUCAGGCUAAAAUACUGACAGGAUUUGCUAAUGAGGAUAAAAAUGCACUGGAGGCUGCUGGACAGGUGUCCAGUGAAGCUCUGAGCAACAUCAGGACCAUCGCCGGUUUAGCCAAAGAGAAACACUUUGUGUCUCAAUAUGAAGAGCAGCUACAAGCACCAUAUAAUAGGGCAAAGAAGAAAGCUCAUGUUUAUGGGAUCUGUUUUGCAUUCGCCAAGUGUGUCAUUUUCAUGGCCUUCGCUUGCUCUUUUAGAUACGGCGGCUAUCUGGUCAGUAAUGAGGGGCUUCCAUAUAUGAUGGUGUUCAGAGUCAUUUCAGCUCUGGUGACCAGUGCCACUGCACUUGGCAGAGCUUCGUCUUUCACACCAGAUUACGCCAAGGCCAAGAUAGCUGCUGCCCAACUCUUCAAACUGUUGGACAGGGUUCCCAAAAUUAGCAUCAGCAAAACAGAAGGACAACGUUGGAAUCCCUUUAAGGGCCAAAUAGAAUUCAAAGGGUGCAGGUUCACGUAUCCCAGCAGGCCAGACAUCCAGGUUUUGAGGGGACUGGAGGUGUCAGUACAUCCAGGACAGACUCUUGCUUUUGUGGGAAGCAGCGGCUGCGGGAAGAGCACCAGCAUUCAACUGCUAGAGCGAUUCUACGACCCCGAUGAAGGACAAGUGCUGAUCGAUGGACAUCCAUCUGCGAGCAUCAGCGUGCCCUUCCUGAGGUCUCAGAUUGGCAUCGUUUCCCAGGAGCCGGUGCUUUUUGACUGCAGUAUCUCAGAGAAUAUCCAGUAUGGAGAUAAUUCUCAUACUGUGAGCAUGGAGGAGAUUAUAGAAGCUGCUAAGAAGGCCUAUCUGCACGAUUUUGUGAUGACACUACCUGAUAAAUAUGAAACUCAGAUCGGUGCUCAAGGCUCUCAAUUAUCCCGUGGACAGAAACAGCGCAUAGCGAUCGCAAGAGCCAUCGUCAGAAACCCUAAAAUCCUGCUGCUGGAUGAAGCCACGUCAGCACUCGAUACUGAGAGUGAGAAGGUUGUUCAGGCCGCGCUUGAUGAGGCCCGUCAGGGACGCACGUGUAUCGUCAUUGCUCACAGGCUUUCCACCAUUCAGACUGCUGACAUCAUCGCAGUGAUGUCACAGGGCGUGCUCAUCGAGAAAGGGACCCACGAGGAGCUCAUGUCCAGGAAAGCUGCAUACUACAAGCUUGUCACAACAGGGGUCACUAUUAGUUAAAAAAAUAUAUAUAGCACAUUACUUCUGCAAUCGUUGGUUUGUCUGGUUUAGUCAGGCUGCUCAAACAGAUUACAUCUCAUUACAUUUGGUAAUGGAAUUAAUUGUUGAGGUAUUUUUUAUUUAUAUGUAUUUAUUGAUAAGUGGAUGUUUAUUAUGUCUUGACAACAUCCUUUGAAUGUUUGAAUUAUACUUAUACUAUGGUGGCCGAGAGAGCUCAACGCAACUUAAGAAAACACAUGCAAAUUGAAAAAACACCAGCAAAUGAAGAAAACAUCUUCAUCAGUUUGACAGCACAAGUGUUGCAAAUCCUCACAACACAUGCAAAUUAACAAAAGCGCUGCAAAUCUUCACAACACAUGCAAAUUAAGAAAUGCUGCAAAUCUUCACAAUACAUGCAAAUUAAAAAAUGCGCUGUAAAUCCUCACAGCACAUGCAAAUUAAGAAACAAUUAAUGAAGCAUUGCAGAUUUAUUUUGAUUAACCUUGAAAUGAUAUUAAGUUGAGGAUAUUAAAGUUCGCCAUCUUAUAAGUAAUAGUAAACUCUCACAGUUAAUCGUGUAAUUAUUCAGCUUAUUUAGGCUAAUAAUAUCCGAAAGGAAAAA